GAACGUUAUUCCAUGGAUUGUUCUGCAUCGGGCAGCUAUGGUGGCAUCGAGUUGCAUCUUGCCUCCAAUGGGAAGGUCAGUAUGCAGGAAAUAUUGGUGAGUGACCAAGAGGAUCCAUGGAUAUGCUUCCGAAGUGUGAAGAUCACCAUCGACAAUUGCGAUAACGUAUUGUGUCGUUCUGUGGGGAUGCAAGUGCCUCGGUGCCAAAUUCCUCUUCUUUCGAGGGGUAAAAAUGUUAUAGAUACUGUGACUCGCCCUUGGUAGCAGAUCCAUCAGCGACUGCGUCUCCAGCUGUAUCGUCAAGAUGUUGUUCUCAAGCAAAACCGCCCUCUUCUUUCAAGCAGCAUCGCUCGCUUCUGCUGUAACACUUCCCAGUGGUUACAAAGCGAGUCCAAGAAGCGAGAAGGUUGUCCCGGGUGCCUAUAUUGUUACUUUCGAGUCAAACUUACCAUCAUCAGCCAACUUCUACCAGAAUUUGACUGCCAAUGGUAUCCCAGUCACCACUCGCCAGACAUUCGAUCCUGCGAUUUUUGCUGGAACCUCAUUCCAUCUCCGUGACGUCAAUGAUACACAUCUCGAUACUAUCGGAAACUUCACUCAAGUCAAGAGCAUUUCUCCUGUCAGGCUGCACCAAAGAGCUGCUCCAGUCGGUGAUGUGGCAAAUGUUGCGAAGCUAUGGUCUGCUGCGAAGCUGAAAGGCCGAGCAGUAGCGGACAGCGAUGAUAUGACCACUCAUAAAAUGACUGGCGUUGACAAGUUGCAAGCCGAGGGACUCGAUGGCAGUGGAAUCACAAUCGGAAUCAUUGACACGGGUAUCGAUUACAACUUGCCAGCACUUGGUGGUGGUAUCGGUCCUGGAUUCAAAAUUUCAUAUGGUUACGAUCUCGUGGGUGACUACGAUGCAAAUGGCAAUCCAGCCGCUGAUGAUGAUCCUAUGGACUGUCUCGGACACGGAACUCAUGUUGCAGGUAUCAUCGGUGCCUCAAAUGAUCCUUACAUCUUGGGCGUUGCUCCAAACGCAACACUUCACAUGUACAAAGUCUUUGCUUGUGAAGACAAUGCACCAACAGACAUUCUUAUCCAGGCAUUUAUCAUGGCCCACAACAAUGGCGUCGAUUUAAUCACGUCCUCUAUUGGCAGCAACAACGGUUGGCCUGAGGAUCCUUGGUCUGCAGCCACUGCCGCCAUUGUCGCAGCUGGAACACCAUGUAUGCUUGCCGCUGGAAACGCUGGCGAGGAUGGAAUGUUUUAUGCAUCGUCAGCUGCAUCAGGAACCGAUGUCACUGCAGUUGGAUCUGUAGACAACACUAACACUCCCAGUGCAGCGACGAUCGCAAGCUACACAGUUGAUGGCGGCGCACCUAUCGAAUUUGUCUACAACCUGGCAGUAGGCAAUUUCUCCGGCACCAGCCUUCCGAUCGUUGCCACCAGUCUGGACAGUAAAGUGACGAAUGAUGGUUGCGACCCGAUCACAAAGGACUUGAAGGGUACUAUUGCUCUUAUCCGCCGAGGAACUUGCACAUUUGAUACGAAGGUUGCCAAUGCAGUUGCCGCUGGUGCUCAAUACGUCUUUCUCUACAAUAACGUCGCAAUACCUGUCUCUCCUCAAAUCACCGUCGCUGACGUUUUGGGAGUAGCUAUGCUUACCAACGUCCUUGGAGAGGAGUUCGUCAAGCAGCUAGCAAGUGGUCACAAGGUCCAAGCCACGUUUGGAAAAGACCCCAUUCUGAAGAUUGAUACCCCAGGACCUGUGAAUAACCUUAGCGGUAACACGAUGAGCACUUUCUCUUCUUACGGCUUGUCGGCUGAGAACACCAUUAAGCCAGUCGUGUCGGGACCAGGAGGCUCGAUCUUGUCAACUUACCUUACAUCUGAAGGUAGCUACGCAGUCCUUUCCGGUACUUCUAUGGCAACCCCCUUUGUUGCUGGAGUAGUUGCACUGUACAUGCAAGCGAAGGGCAAAGGCAUCAAUCCCAAAGUGAUCAAUAGCGCUCUUGCAGCAACAGCAAACCCAUUGAACUUCAACGACGGAACCAAGAAUUCCACCUUCUUGGCCUCGGUUGCGCAGCAAGGAUCCGGACUUGUUGAUGCAUACCAAAUGGUUCGAGGAGGAAUUUCUAUCUCAGAGGCCAACGUGGCACUCAACGACACGGCCAAUUUUGUCAAGAGCCCCUCCUUUUACGUCGAGAACACUGGCAAAACAUCGGCGACCUACAUUCUGAGUCACCAGCCAGCUGCAAACAGCUACGCUUUCGACAAUUCCUACGGAACUGCUGGCAACUUCGGCGUAGUCCCAUUCCCACCCCAGAUGGAUGAGAAGUAUUCAACUGUUGUGAUCUCCCCCUCAACUUUGACCAUCGCCCCAGGUGCAAAGAAGCGAGUCAGCAUCAACGUCACUCCAGAUGAAAGCCUAAACAGCAAACUUGUCCCGGUCUACAGUGGGUUUAUCAAAGUCACUUCCUCAUCUGGAGAGGUUGCUGGCAUACCCUAUGCCGGUGUUGCCACCAAAAUGAACGACAUCCCCAUCGCGGAUCCUACUCUCAACCUCUAUGACAAUGAAUAUGCCUUGGGCAUCGUGCCAUAUUCCGGCCCCGGAAAGACAUCCUCUGGAUCUAUUGAUUCGUAUAAGCCUUCAGCCGGAAGCGUCCCAGUCUACUACUGGUCCAACACUUGGGCCUCCAAGGCUAUCCGCUUUGACAUUGUCAGCGUUAACGGCACCAACCCUGUUUUUGCCGCUGGUCUUGCCACCGCUGGCUCAGUGGCGGGAUUCCCGUGGAAUUGGGAAGCAAGAAUUUUACCUGGUUUCUACAACGCCAAUGCUUUUUACGGUACUUUAUCGGAUAAGACUGUUGUGAAGUCGGGCGUGUACAAGAUGGUGUUGAGACUGGCGAAGGCUUUUGCUGAUCCAAACCGUGGAAGAGAGUAUGAAACUUUCGAAACUCCUCCAUUUUAUAUGGAUAUGUCAUAGACAGCACACAUGUUCAUAUGUGGAAGUAGCAUGAUAAUCUAAUGUCAUUGUUACUCUAAACCUCAGAAGCACAAUACUUCCUUACUUUCUGUGUCUCAUUUUUGAUAGAAUCUACUCAGAUACCUCCAUUUUUACUCUUUCUGCGUGAUGCAAAAAGCCCCGACUUUCGCAUUAACUAAACAUGUUUCUCGAACAUUUGCAAUCAAUCAUGAAUACCUGUGUUGUGUUGAAGAGAUUCUGCAAGUAUAAACCUUUGAAUGUUGAGGUUUGGUGAAUCAUAAAGUGAAGCUGAU